AUGGCGAGCGCUCAGAGCAUUGCGCGGAAUUGCCGCAAGAUCAUGUGCAUAGGCCGCAACUACGCGGACCAUAUCGCUGAGCUCAACUCCGCGACACCGAAACAGCCUUUCUUCUUCCUCAAGCCUGCGUCGUCCAUCCUCCUCCCUGGCGCCGGUCCUGUCCUGAGGCCCAAGGGCGUAAACCUGCACUAUGAAGUUGAACUGGCGCUUGUCAUGGGCAAGACGCUCAGGGACUUGAAGGAGGAUGAUGAGAAAGGCGCGCUGGAUGCUAUCGCGGGAUACCUUCUCGCCAUCGACAUGACUGGUCGCAACGUGCAAGAAGAAGCGAAGAAAAAGGGCCUUCCUUGGUCCAUUGCCAAAGGUUUCGACACCUUCCUGCCCAUCUCGCAACUCAUCGCCAAGUCGCGCAUCCCAGACCCACAGAACGCACACAUCUGGCUCUCGGUAAACGGAGAGGUGAAGCAGUCCGACAGCACGGAGUUGAUGCUGCAUCGCAUUCCAAGGCAGCUGAGCGCUAUCAGCAGAGUGAUGACGCUGGAGGCUGGUGAUAUCAUUUUGACAGGAACACCAAAGGGUGUUGGACCAGUAAAGACAGGAGAUAUUAUGAGGGCUGGAUUGAAGGUCGACGGCAAAGAUAUCGAGGAGGCGAACCUGGAGGUGCCAGUUCAGGACCGCGAGGGUCUGUACGAGUUUGCCGAGACAUAA